UAAGUUUAUUUUAUAGCACUGAAUGCUACUUUCUCUCAGACUCGUGGGAAGAAAUGGCUGCGGUUAAAGAAGAAAAUGGUGAGCUGGAUAAAACGGUGAGUAUUGGAGAACACAGUGAGUUGGAUUCUUCUUAUUCACUAGCACGUCAAAAACUGGAAAACCUCCUGAACAAAAGCAUGAGGAUUCGGAUGACUGAUGGUCGUACACUGGUGGGUCUGUUUUUGUGUACAGACCGGGACUGUAAUGUUAUCUUGGGAUCAGCACAAGAGUUUCUCAAAUCCACAGAUUCAUUUUCCCAGGGAGAGCCAAGAGUCUUGGGUCUAGCGAUGAUCCCAGGGCACCAUGUUGUGUCUAUUGAAGUUGAAUCAGAAAGUUUGGUAACAUCGCAGUAUCUAUGAUUGUACUGGGAGAAGUUCACAAUAGCAAGUGAGACAUCAGGACUGCUACGUUGUAGAAGCAUAGCAGUUGCAAGUGAAACUGUACAGUUUACCUCAAACAAAAAUUAUAACAAGUCUGCAAAGAGGGCUUUCACCUCGGAUAACCACAGCAACAAUGAAGCUGCCAUUCUGAAGAACUUUUAUUCCUUUGUUUCCAGAUUCUCUUUACCUUUGUGAAAAAUCUUUGGAAAAGCAAAGUUGGAGUCUUUGUAUUUUUUUGCCCUUUAUUUUGUGCAGUUUGAUUCCCUAAGUUUUGUUUUUCCUUUUGGUCAAUUUGAAUAGCUUGACUAUCAAAUUGUAUAAAUAUUUAAUUGUAUGUGCAAUAAAUUACGUUGGUUUCUUUUUU